AUGGCCCUCGUGGAGGAGGAAGUGGACCCAGGCCCGCGCAGGCGCGCAGCCAGCCCAUCGUGGCACCUACCCGCCGGCGACCCCUGCUUACUAGUACUACCCGUUACGACGCGGAGAAAAAAAACGUGCUCUCUUUCCGUCUCCUCCCAAUGCGGCGUCUCGAUCUCCUCCUCCUGCCACUCCUCCUCGCCGCCGGUGCCACCACGGCGUCGGCGGAGCCCGCGACCCCUCCCGCCUCCUCUCUUACUCCCUCUCCUCUCCCUCUCCCUCGCCCCCUUCGCCUUCGCUGACCCUCGCCGAGCUCCUCCAGAAGUACGGCCUGCCCCCGGGCAUCUUCCCUCGACCGUCACCGCCUUCUCGCUCGCCAGCAACGGCAGCCUCACCGUCGACCUCGCGGGCCCCUGCUACGUCCACUUCGAGUACCUCACCUACUUCGAGGCCCACAUCACGGGGGUGCUCCGCUACGGCUCCCUCUCCGACCUCCAGGGCGUCCAGGUCCGCCGCUUCCUCAUCUGGUACAACGUCGUCCGCAUCAAGGUCGACCUGCCCCCGCCGCCGCGCUACGUCUACAUCGACAUCGGGUGGAUCACGCGCAAGCUCCCCGCCGACGACUUCCAGUCGCUCCACGCCUGCGAGGACUCCAGGAGGUGCCGCCUCUCCUCCGCGCUCGCCGUCGCCGCCAAAUGGUUCCAGGUACCUAACCUACCCGAGUUCUUCUUCAGCAACCUGACUGCGUUGAAGCAGUUCGUUGUCUGUGCUUAUCGGAUAUUAUUAGUAUGUUGGUAA